UGGGAUGCGGCCCUGAUGAUUACCCAGAAUUCCUGCUACCGCGCUCACUUCCUGGAGACGAGCGUCACCACGCGCCGGUUACUAAGCAUGGCGGCGCUGCUGUGGCUGUUUAUAUUAACGUAUUUUGGAAAUACUAUUUGCGUUAAUAAUGCGAGCUCGAGCCAAGUGAACGUCACGCACAUCGUGUCGAAGGACACGUCUGUCUUUGAUAAAGCUUUUAAUUUGACCGGAAGGCAAGAAAACGCUACUGUGGGGAGCUCAGGAGAGCAAAGCGCCAGCGCCGCAGUGACUGAUGGAGGAGUCCGGCCAGAAACAACCCCCUUUACCACGCCUGAAUUAACAACAACGGAGACAUCCGCUCUCACAUCAACUGAUUUAACAGCGGAAACACCCUUAUUUACAACACAAGGCUCAAAAACAAGCAUAUUAGCUCCAGCAAGCCCUAAUACAGAGGGUGGGGGCAUUUCCUCACUGCCUUUACCCCUCUCAGGGUCACUGCCUCAGCCUGUCACUGAAGUGUCUGCUGUGUGUCCGUGUAACCUACAGAGAGAGCGAUGUGAUAUAAACUGCUGCUGUGAUCCGGACUGCACUCAGGAGUUGGCCCUCUUCACACAGUGCUCAGUGCAGAAAGUUGUCGGGGACGCUAAGCUGUGCAGCCAGGAUGCAGCCCUGUACACACUCACUGUAACUCCAGAAGGUUUGUCCAAAGUGAUGACGUCUGUCCAGAGAGAGAGCAACCCUGACGUCUUCUGCGUACAGUCAGCUAACUAUGAACAGGGCAUGUCCUUCAUCAACCCGACGAUUCCCACCGAGAGCAAUUUCGACAGCCUCUUUGAUCGCUUUGUGGGAUUCUUCUUCAGAGCCUCUAGUGGAGACGGCCGUGCGCUACAGACUGCUGCACAGGGAAACUCUCCAGGAUACGUGUAUGGGGAUCUCAUCCAGACGAUGGAUGAAGCCCAACAGCGAGGUUUCUUCAGGCUUCCAGCAUCUGCUGGUGCAGUGAACUGCUUAGACACGAACCCUGCAGCCUUUCUGAAGGAUCAGACAAGCAGAUGUGUGAGGAGCUUCUCUUUGGCACAAGACUGCACCAUGUUGGAUGCGCUGAACCUUAAAGCGUACAUCAGUUUCCGUGUUUUUUCAGGGAAGGACAGUGGUGCUGAUCUGGUGUCUGUAACAGUGGAGACCAUUACACUGCAGUCUCUAGAGGGUACACACACACUGGUGCAGACGGAUGCUGCUGCUUCUGACUACACACCCGUGUUUCAUGGUCAGAUAUGCAACCAGGUGGUGCUGCAGGUUAAAUACACAGUGAGGUUUGAUGACGCCGGGCAGAUUGCGAGAGUGACGGCAUCUUUCGUUCUGGGUGCUGUUGAUGAAAACACACUGCCGAUCCAGCAGGAGUUUCAGAUAACCUUUGUUCAGGAGACCAGAAGUGAUGCUACGCUUCGCUCCAGUGGAAAUCCUGGUUAUGUGGUUGGGCUGCCCCUUGUGGCCGGAUGGAAAACUGCAGCGGGAGUUAUUCGAAGCUCGGAUCCAGACGGGUCUCUCACUGUCUUAAAGAGUUCUGCAGAGCAGGACUGUCUGUUCGGCCCGACCCGGCGCUCACCCGUACUGUUCGGGACAGAUGUGGUGUCAGGCUGCACCUUUAGGCUUGAGGACAGUGCAAACUGUUCGUUACUCUCUGAAGUCAUUUUGGGGAGACUGAAAGGUCAGACAUUUCCAGAUUACGUGUCAUCUUUUGGAAAUUCUCUUCCUCAAAACCCCAUGGACUGGGUUCCUAUAGAGAAUCAAACCACACCAACGGACACGCAGGGAUGCAGCAUUCCAGUGUCCUAUCAUCUCGAAGUAAGAUGGACCAAGUAUGGUACCUUGGUGAAUCCCCAAGCCCAGAUAGUGAAGGUGAUGGAAACAAUCCAGACCAACACCAGCACCUUGCCAUCUCCCUCGACCGGUGGUGGUGUCGUCUCCGUCAUGAGCUCUGUGAGCUUCAUUGACGUGUCGCUGUCAGCCAGCCCAGGAUUCAGAGCUCCUCCCACGAUCAAUGCCAAACUGCCCUCCGACUUCUUCUUCCCAUUCGUAUGAGCAGGGAAAUGAGUAAGGGUUCGACAUGGAGGUAAUUUCCAGUCUAAUGUAAUUGCAAGGAAUACAGUGCCAAAAUUUGAAUUCCAUGAAUUGCAUAUUCGGCUGAUUUCAUAAAUCUUUAAAUUGUAACAUAGAUUUUUGUAUUCUAAUUUAAUGGUUGUGGAUGAGUAUUCACACAUUCAGCUUGUACUUUAUGUCUCACUUUAGGGGUUUACACAACAUAAUUUACAUGCUGAGAUUUGAUAUUUGGAUCUGCAACUUAAACUGUAAACUGUAGAACGGUGUAAUUUGGACUCACUUGGCCCCGCCUCCAAAAACAUGCCACAGGUGGAAUAUUUCAGUUUCACAGUGAUUCGGGAAAGUACUGUGAACAAUGUAAGUGUGUAAUUUGAUAUGUGUAAUUCCAAAAUGAAUGUUGUUAAGAUGACAGAAAAAAUAUUUUGUGGUUGUAGCAUGAGAAUUGCACUAAGGAAACAUGGACUACAAUCACAGAUGUAUUUUUCCGAUUUCUGAUUAUGGAUUUGCAAUUUGUAAAAUUAGGAUCUUAUUGUUACGUUUACUUGUAACAUUUACUGUUUGCAAAAUGAAAAUAACAUGACAUUUAAAUUGUGGAGGACAAAUUUUGCUUGAGCAAAGGAUGUGUGAAAAGGAUAUUUGUAUUUUUCUUGGUUUUUUUUUUGUCCCACCCUCCCCCACCCCCUUAAUUAUUUUCUCCCACAGUACUGGCAGCAGUGGUAAUAUAUUUUCAAUCAGGACAAACAGUAUAAGAUGUAUAUAUUUAUACAGAUAUAUAGGGCUACCAAACCGUUUAUAUAUAAACUUGAGGCCUUUUAGACCUUUUUUUUAAUAUCAUUAUUCUGUACUGUGUCCUCAUUUCCCCCCUACAAUAACGGCGUUACUGUAAAUAGUAAAUUAUUCUGUAUGAACUGUAUAUAUUGCACUCAGAUUCACAUUUUGUAAUAGUUUAUUCUGUAUGCAUACUAUUUUCAAUUAAAAUAAAAAAAUACUUGAUUCCUUUACAUAA